CACAGACUCUUCCAGCCGGCCGGCAUUUUCUUUUCGCAGACCCGGUACGGUUCUCAGCUUGUACACGGAUCUCCUGAGGAUUUUUGACCCGUUUCACUUAUUUCACAGGUUCACAAUAAUCUGCACAAUGCCUGGUUUUUCAGACAGAGACCGUGGCAGAGAUAGGGGGUAUGGCGGUGGCCCUUCUCGUUUUGGUGGAGGCAACAGAGGAGGACCCCCUCAAGGAAAGUUUGGCAACCCUGGUGAAAGGCUGCGAAAGAGGCACUGGAACCUUGAUGAGCUUCCAAAGUUUCAAAAGAACUUCUACCAGGAACACUCAGAUGUCUCACACAGACCACUCCAAGAAGUUGAUCAGUAUCGCAGAAGCAAAGAGGUUACAGUCAAAGGCAGAGAUUGCCCCAAACCAAUAGUAAAAUUCCACGAAGCUGCAUUUCCAAGCUACGUUAUGGACGUCAUUGUCAAACAGAACUGGACAGAACCAACUCCAAUCCAGUCUCAGGGGUGGCCUCUUGCUCUGAGUGGGAAAGACCUGGUCGGCAUCGCUCAGACUGGGUCUGGGAAAACCCUGGCAUACCUUCUGCCUGCAGUCGUUCAUAUCCAACAUCAGCCUUUCUUGGAGCAUGGAGACGGGCCCAUUUGUUUGGUGCUGGCACCAACACGUGAGCUGGCUCAGCAGGUUCAACAAGUGGCUGCUGAAUAUGGCCGGGCCUCACGUCUCAAGAGCACUUGCAUCUACGGUGGCGCACCCAAAGGACCACAGCUCAGGGACCUUGAGAGGGGGGUUGAGAUUUGCAUUGCUACACCAGGUCGUCUAAUUGAUUUUCUAGAGUGUGGGAAAACAAAUUUGCGUCGUUGCACCUAUCUGGUGCUGGACGAAGCUGACCGCAUGCUGGACAUGGGCUUUGAACCUCAGAUCCGCAAGAUAGUGGAGCAGAUACGGCCGGACCGUCAGACUCUGAUGUGGAGCGCAACUUGGCCUAAGGAAGUUCGACAGCUGGCUGAGGACUUCCUGAAGGACUACGUCCAGAUCAAUAUUGGUGCCUUGCAGCUAAGCGCCAAUCACAACAUCCUACAGAUAGUUGAUGUUUGCAAUGACCUAGAGAAGGAAGACAAACUGGUUCGUCUACUGGAGGAGAUAAUGAGUGAAAAGGAGAACAAGACCAUUAUUUUUGUGGAGACCAAAAGACGUUGUGAUGAGAUUACAAGGAGGAUGAGAAGAGAUGGGUGGCCUGCAAUGGGAAUCCAUGGAGACAAGAGCCAGCAAGAGAGGGACUGGGUCCUUAACGAGUUCAGAUUUGGCAAAGCUCCGAUUCUCAUUGCUACAGAUGUGGCCUCCCGUGGCCUAGAUGUGGAGGAUGUGAAAUUUGUCAUCAAUUAUGACUACCCUAACUCCUCUGAGGAUUAUAUUCAUCGCAUUGGACGCACAGCCCGAAGUCAAAAAACGGGCACAGCCUACACCUUCUUCACCCCCAGCAACAUGAAACAAGCGGGCGACCUGAUCUCUGUGCUCCGCGAGGCCAAUCAGGCCAUCAACCCCAAGCUGAUCCAGAUGGCAGAGGACAGAGGAGGUCGUGGUAGGGGGGGAAGAGGUGGCUACAAGGAUGAUCGUCGCGAUAGGUAUUCUGGGGGUGGGAGAAGUAAUUUUGGUGGUAGCGGCUACAGGGACAGUGAUAGAGGUUUUGGCGGUGGGCCUAAGACUACCUUUGGUGGCAGCAAGGCCCAAAACAGCAACAUUUAUGGUGGCAACAGUAACUCUAAUGGUAGCUAUGGCAACAACAAUUAUAACAACAGCAACGGACAGGGUAAUUUUAGUGGUCCACCAAACCAGGGUGGCUUUGGGAACCAAGGUUUCCAAGCUCCACCUCAGUUUGGCGGCGUGCAGAGGGCUGCUCAGAAUGGCGUGAGUCAUCCGCCAUUCCCAUUCAACUCUCAGCCCCCAUUACCACAGAACCAACAGCCACCACCCCCACCACCGAUGGUGCCCUACCCCAUGCCCCCACCGUUCCCACAGUAGAUAUAAUUGCACAAUCUUGAAAUCUUACGGUAUAGUUCUUGUGUUUUUUCCUUUUGUACUUUUUAACUUUGUUUUGCUUACAGCAGGGUUGGCAUUAUUCAGUAAACCCCGAGCAUUAACCGGAGUCGUAGAUGCGUCUCCCGCAGUGAAAACAUGGUUGCUGCACUUUUCUUUGACCGUUGUUUUGUUACAUUCCCCAGUAAUUUAUUUUUACUUCGUAAUCCUGUGUUUUCAGU